AUGGAGGGAGGGGGAGGUGGUGAAGCUGAAGCAUGGCCGGAAUUAUUGAGAGGAGUUGCGGUGAACUUCCGGUACAUUCAUCGUUGGAACAGGCCGAAACUAGACUUAAAAGACAGAGCAGAGAACAAAGAAGAAGAAACAGCUUCCCAGCGGCGCCGAUCGGAACCGACGCCGCCGGAGAGAGGAUCAUCGGGAGUUGUGCCAGGGAGAGAAGCGGCUAGGGCGAACUCAGUUUUUAUGAUAACGCAGUUUCCAUUUGAGGAACAUAAGGAGCGGAAGAGGUUGAUAGAUUCAGAUAUGAGUUUUACAAGGAUGUGUGAUGCGGCCAUAUGGGUUGGAGUAGUUGAUGUAUUUAUGGUUAAGUCGUCAGAGCAUCCUCAUGAUGUGGAGAUUACUGAGCCCUGUGAUGCAGAGAUUCGAGUUGAGAGGAAUAUAGCCUCUUUUCUUGAUGAAGAUCCGAAUUUUGACUACCAUGACACACCUCCAAACUCGGAUGAUGAAGGUGGUGGAGAGAAGUUUGGAGGAUACAACAUUAAGCUUGAUAGAUGGGGGAAAGAAAAAAAUGGAGCUGUUUGUUCAAUGGAUGGUUGUCAUUGGAGGUGUUACUGUUCGUUUCAUAACCCCAUUGAGAAGUGGGUUCUGAAGACAUUUGAAGAUGAUCACAAUUGCACACCUGAUGGGUAUUGUAGAUUACUAAAGUCGGCUGUGGUGGCAAAGAUGUUUAUGGAUGAGAUAAGGUCGAAUCCUGAUUAUUCACCGAAAGCUAUACAAUAUGAGGUCCAAAAGAGGUUCAAUAUUAUGAUCACACCUGAUGUAUGCAAGAAGGCGAAGAAAAAAGUAUUAGAUAUGAUUCACCGUGACCAUUUAGAGCAGUUCUCUAGGCUCAGAGAUUACAAAGAUGCAAUCCUUGAGACUAAUCCUAACUCCACUGUGGAGUUAGACACUAUCAUUGGUGAUGAUGGAUCAGAACUAUUUCGAAGGUUCUAUGUCUGUUUUGAUGUGUUCCGCAAGUUAUGGCCAAUGUGGUGUCGACCCAUAUUUGGUAUUGAUGGGUGUUUUCUCAAGUCUACAUUUAAAGGGCAAUUGUUGGCUGCUGUUGGAAGGGACGCCAAUAAUGGCUUGUACCCCAUAGCUUGGGCUGUUGUAGAUGUUGAGGAUGAGGAGAACUGGACAUGGUUCUUAAGUCAUUUGAAAGAUGAUUUUCAUCUGCAAGAGGGUCAAGGAUUCACAGUCAUUUCUGAUAGACAAAAGGGCUUGUUAAAUGCAGUAAACAGGGUGUUGCCUUAUGUUGAACAUAGGAUGUGUGCUAGGCAUAUCUAUGGUAACUUGAAGGGUGAUUUCCCUAAUCAAAAUGAAGUGAAGACUCUGUUUUGGCGUCUGGCAGAAAGCUAUACGGUGGCUGAAUAUGAAGCAAACUUGCAAAAUGCAAGAAACUAUGAUAUCCGAUUAUAUGAUGCCAUUAUGCAGAGAAAUCCCAGGAAUUGCAGUUUAGCUUUCUGUUCACCUACAGCCAAAUGUGUUGAUGUUCACAACAACAUAUCAGAGUCGUUCAACAAUGCCAUCGAUCCAGCAAGGUACGUACCAAUGGUUGAGAUGUUGGAGACUAUUAGGAGAAGAACCAUGGUGCGUAUUGAUUUGAGGAAGACUGCGGCCAGUCAGUAUACAGGUCGAAUCACUGAGAGGGCAAAAGAGAUCUUAGAAGAAGAAGCUAAGUACAUUAAGUAUUGCUCAUUUGUCCCAGGUGCAGACGGUAGAUAUGAUGUUCGUGAGUCUGGUAUAAAUCACAGUGUGAAUCUUAGGCUGAGGACAUGUGUUUGUAGAAGAUGGGAUAUGAGUGGAAUUCCUUGUCGCCAUGCUCUACGUGUGAUCACCGAGAAGAAGCUUAAUCGUGAAGAUUACAUUAGCGACUGGUAUUUGAACUCGAGGCAGUUAUGUAUUUAUAGUGAUUCGAUUGCACCAGUUAAUGGUAUGUUGUUCUGGCAUAGAACUGGUUCUGUUGUGGUGCCACCUGCUGCUUUAGUUGAACAGAUUGAAAACAGGAAAGGUAAGAAACCAAAGCUGAAGAGGAAGAAAGCAAGGCAUGAGUCUCCUACAAAAAAGAAGAAGAAGCUUAGUAGAGAGAAUAGGAUCAUGCAUUGUAGUCUAUGUGAUUACCCUGGACACAACAAAUUAAGGUGUCCUAAUGCUGGAGUGGAGAGAUACAAACCACCAAGGAAACCAAGGAAGAAGAAGCAGUCAUCAAAUGCAACUCAAGGAGCUGAAGGAAGUCAAGUAAGUCAAGAAGCUCAAGGAAGUCAAGUAAGUCAAGAAGCUCAAGGAAGUCAAGCAACACAAGACUAA